AUGUGGUUGGUAAAAUUUGCCAUUUUAGUUCUUGUUCUCGCGUGUGCAGUGGUAGGUGAGGACAAAUGUAUCUAUUCGUUGGACAUUAAACAUGACUCAGGUCAUAAACGUCGAUCGCCGCAGAUAUCGUUGGUUAAUCUACCAAAUACCGAGUGCUCGUACAGAAUCAAAGCCCCGUUUGGACACAGGAUCCGGGUUUCCUGCGAGUUCUCUCAAAAAAGAAGGCCUCACACUUGCAACGAUGACGAUGGAGUCUACAUCUCAACGAGCGGAGGAGAGGACCUGGUCAAUACCACUUUUGUGAACUGUAACGAAGGAAAGAUUCUGAAAGAAUCUGAGGGCGAGAUAUUAUUUUUGCACAUGCGAUCUCCUUCCGAAGAACGCAAUGGAAAUUUCAUCUGUACGUUGUCCCUUAUUCAACCAAUUUGCAUUUGUAGAGGAAAGAACGAAAAUUCGGAAAGGAUUGUCAACGGAAUUGAGGCUGCUAGAAAUGAAUUUCCAAUGAUGGCUGCCUUGUUCAAAUUAAGAAGCAGUAAACCCUUUUGUGGAGCUACCAUAAUUUCAGAAUAUUACGCUGUGACGGCAGCUCAUUGCAUAUACGACGUGUAUGAUAAUGUAAUGCUUUACGUUGGUGGACACGACCUAGACGAUGCAAGUAAUCCGUACACUAGUGUUUACCGUUUGAACAUGCUUGUACCCCAUCCAUUCUACACUGAGCCACCGUUUACUAAUGAUGUUGGUUUGGUGCGAACAGCGCACCCAAUCCAGUUUAACCAAAUUGUCGGUCCUGUUUGUCUACCGUGGAAGUUCCGAGAGAGCACUUUUACUAACAAAUCCGUUGAAGCGAGUGGAUGGGGUAGAGGAACUGCUUCUCGCGUCCUGCAGAAGGUGAAUCUUGACGUGAUCGACAACGCGAACUGCUCGACUUACUGGAGGAAAUCCCAAAUUACUUCUGGUCAGUUGUGUACCUACACGCCGAAUAAGGACACGUGCCAGGGCGAUUCCGGUGGGCCACUUUUCUAUACGGAACCGGAAAGUGAACGGUUGUACUUGGUUGGGAUUGUUAGUUACGGCGACGGGUGCGCUACGAAGACUCCAGCCGUUAAUACAAGGGUCACCGAAUACCUCGACUGGAUUGCAUCGCAGACCCGCGAUACGUCGUUAUGUUACGCUUGAA